AUUCUUCACAGAGACUUAGCAGCAAGGAAUGUACUGGUUGGCGAGAAUCACAGGUGCAAGAUUACCGACUUUGGAAUGGCUCGAGAUGUCAAUUUGAAAGAAAUUUAUGUUCCACGAUCUCAGGUAUCCGGCUUCGACCUGAUCUAAGUCUUCAGUUUCCAAAUAUAUUAUAAAAGUGGGGACACCUUGAAGCUUCCUUCUGACUGUACAUCUGAUCCAUGAUAAGUACAUCAAUAUGAGGUCAACUUAUUGUUUCCAAUUUUCAAAAUUCAAAUAACACUUAAUAGACAUAUCUCUGCUUUUAAUCUAAAUUUAUUAAAGAGGCCAUUUAUUUCACCACUGCUUAAGUCGGUUUUAUUAUUUUUUGUUAGGGUCGUAUCCCAGUGAAGUGGACAGCAAUUGAAGCAAUGACAGGGGCAAUGAAAUACUCCAUCCAAAGUGAUGUGUAUGUAUUAAGUGAACCUAAAUUCGCUGUGAAAUAUUUUCUUCAUUCUAUUUACUAAAAACUGAGAUAAAUAAGAUAUAAUAUGAGUGGUGUGGAAGUCAAUGUCUGUUAAAUGGCUCUGUUUAGACCUUAAACGGAGUUCUUCAACAAAGAUUGAGUUCGACAUUCACAUUCUCAUUUCUGCAUUCUCAUCUGAGUGCUUUCAAAGUAUUAUACUAAGAAAAAUUGGGCCUUUUGCACUACCAAGGAAACGCUUUCAGCGAAACCUUUUUUGGGCAACUGUAUUUAACUGAAUUGUAACGAAAUGAUUAAAGGGAAAGGACUCUUAAGUUAUUUAUAGAUAAAUAAAAUUAAUUUGUCGAUGUUUUUGCAUAUAUAUUUUCCAGAUGGAGCUUUGGAGUCGUUCUUUUUGAGAUUUGUACUAUUGGUACGUCAAUGGACGAUUUGCCAUUGCCAUUAUGUCAUUAUACUUAAUAAUAUAUCAGGUGUUAUUUUUAAACCUAUACUAUUUGUGGUAUCCUUCAAAAACAUUCUUCCGUAACCAGCUGGAAAUCAAAGGUAGAUACAAUUUAACUCAUAUAUGAGCCAUACACAUUGUCAAGAAAAUGUUGUGGCGUCGUAUUUUCCUUGUUUAGUCUCAAGGAAGCACUUAUAGUUUACUGUAUUUAAAUAAACAGGAUCCAAUUUAUAGUAGACGAUUUUCUUAUGUUUCAAAGUUUAAAAAUUUACUAGUAUUUCAGAAUGUCGAUAGUUUAUGAAGAUCAUUGUGAGAACCUUGCUUUACAGGAGCUGAGCCUUAUCCAGGAAUAAGUCCAUGGACAUUGCCGAAUGUUUUACUCAAAGGAUACAGAAUGCCAAAACCAGAAUAUGUCAGGGAUGAAUUGUAUGUUUAGAAUGUCUGGUUUAUGUAAUUUUUUUUAAAAAAAAACCUCGUCUUAAGCAACAUUGCAUUCAUUUGUGAUGUCGUAGUCUGUCUCACCCUCGUCACUUCCAUCGAAUUCAGCUGUUAUGAAUCCUCACUUUUAACAGUGACAGAACAUGCUACUUUACAUUUAGGUACGCUAUUAUGAUGGACUGCUGGGAAACAGAGCCUGAAAACCGACCGUCAUUUGAUUCACUUUGUAAUAAGAUCAAACGAUUGGAGAUGGGGGUUAACCAGGUCAGAAAUCCAUCUGUCUGAUUUCGUGACUUAUUUAAUCGAUCCAAAGUAAUAUUUUUUCUAUUGAAACUUCCUACAGAAACGGUUCUCUGAUUCAAUUACUACUAUUACAAAUCUUCAGUUAGGAAAAAAGAAAAAAGAACUCACACCGAACGGAAGGGAACGUAGGGAGGACAGGAAAAUCUUUUUUAAAAGAUUGCACCGAUUAUCCUGAUCCAAGAAAGCCCGCCAGAAAACUCCUCCCUUCUAGCCAAGAGAAAUUGGGAUUGAAUUAACCUUUCUAAUCUAAUAAUUUGCUUCUUUCGUCUUUCAGAACUAUGUGAAUAUACGAGACUGUCUAGAAGCUCAUGAAAAUGAAUUAGCGUAA